AUGAAAAGUGAUAAUCAAGUACAUAUUUUGGGUAUAAUUGGUGAGCAUUCAUAUCCAAUGAGCAAUAACAUUCAAAUGGCUGCACCUCAAUAUCAUCAUUUUACAUUUGAAAUGUGUGAUGAUAUCGAACUUCUUGCUGCUAUGGUAAAAGCAGAGAAAGGAGAAUUAAGUGAUGCAGGUGCUACCUAUAAAGAGCUAAUGCGUCAAAAACAGGAGAUGCCCAGAGGGUUAAAACCUAAAAUUGUUUAUAUAGAUGCGAAUCUAGCAAUUACUGGCGCAAUUGAAAACUUUGGUAGAGAAAAGUUUAGAGAUUUCUUUUCAAGUUUUUGUCAGGCACGCAAUAGCAUCACUGAAACUGUUUAUGAGAGAAAGUGGCAACAGGUCUUGGAUUUAUUUCCUGAGGCACAAUUUUAUCUAAGGUGUCAGCUUUAUCCUCAUCGUGAAGCAUGGGUUCUUGCUUUCACACAUCAGUCUUUUAAUUAUGAAGUAGUAAGCAUAAUCGAACAGCAUUUAAUGAGGGAGUCACAGUUUGUGAGAUUCAAUGAGAUCAAUGGAGAGCUACCACGCAUUAUGCAUGCAACUUAUCGAGAUCACUAUUUUAUGGCGAUUGAUAAGGCUUGCACUAAAUUUCUUAUACCAGCAAUACAAAAGUUGUAG